AUGAGUGAGAUCAAGCAAGAAUCAAAGCAAGAGCAAUCGAAACCUGACAACAUAUCUUUUCAUUUUGCUUUAAGUGUAAACAGGUGGAAAUAUGUUUAUCAGAAGAGGCUGGCUUUGGAAAGGGAAUUAGCUCAGAAUGUCCUAGACUGUAAGGAUAUUAUGGAUCUUAUUCAAGAGGCUGGUUUAAUGAAGACUGUGACUCAGUUUUCAAAGUGCUAUGAGAUGUUGGUAAAGGAAUUUAUUGUUAAUUUGUCUGAAGAAUAUGCUGAUGGCAAGUCUAAGGAAUUUAGGAAAGUGUAUGUGAGAGGCAAGUGUGUAAAUUUCUCUCCUUCAGUGAUCAACAAGUAUUUGGGAAGGCCUGAUGAAGCUCAACCUGAGCUUGAGAAGAGGCUGGAUUUGGAAAGGGAAUUAGCUCAGAAUGUCCAAGACUGUAAGGAUAUUCUGGAUCUUACUCAAGAGGCUGGUUUAAUGAAGACUAUGACUCAGUUUUCAAAGUGCUAUGAGAUGUUGGUAAAGGAAUUUAUUGUUAAUUUGUCUGAAGAAUAUGCUGAUGGCAAGUCUAAGGAAUUCAGGAAAGUGUAUGUGAGAGGCAAGUGUGUAAAUUCCUCUCCUUCAGUGAUCAACAAGUAUUUGGGAAGGCCUGAUGAAGCUCAACCUGAGCUUGAGGUGAUUGACAAUAAAAUCUGUCAAGUCAUUACUGCUAAUCAAGUAAGGAAGUGGCCUCUCAAAGGAAAAUUUGUGGCAAGUAAACUGAGUGUCAAGUAUGCAAUGUUGCACAAGAUUGGAGCUGCUAACUGGGUGCCCACCAAUCAUAAAUCUACAGUUGUUCAUGCAGGAAGCUUCAGUGUGAAGGGUCCUAUAGCCUUUCCUUCUCUCAUAUGUGGUAUUGUUUUGAAUCAGUUUCCAAACAUCAUAACUGAGAAUGAUUCUGUGAAGAAAAGAGACAGCCCUAUGUCUUUCAAUCAUAAGCUGGUCCUAGGUACCCAUGACCCUGACAUUGUCAUGACAUCAGGUGAGACAUCACGUGUAAGCAAUCAGCCAGGUAAAGCUGAUAUCAUUGCAAUGCUCAAAGAAACCCACAAGGAAUUAGAGGCAAGGAAGCUGAACUUGGAAAAAUUGAUUAGCUCUUUGGAGAUGACUGAAGGUGAUGUGCUAGCUGAUGGUGGAGAAUUUGGUGAAGUUGUUGUUGCAGAAGAAGCUGAAAGACAAGGUGAAGAGGGAGAAGCAGAUGCCAGUCCUGAUGAUGGCACAGAUGAUGAUGCUGACUCUGAGUCAGAUGACUAG